GUUUAAUAUAUUUAUUUAAAAAAUGAGUAUUCUUAAAAAAAAAUAAAAAUUCAAUUUGUUUACCAUUUACUCGUAUCUUUGCUCCACCGUCGCUCACUCUGUUCCCGCCGGCAAUGGACGAUACUCCCGAACCCGAAUCUCAACAGAAUCAUACCGAACAACCUCUCACUCUCCACACACUAUCUUCCAUCAGGUCCCUUCUCAUCAACCCUUCAACCCCAAAACGCAUCGUUUCCUCAAUCUUCCAAACCCUAACUCGUUCUCCGCAACUCACUCACCACACCCUCAACCUCCUCUCCGACCUCAUAACUCAUCACCCUUCUCUUUCCCAACUCGCCCUUGACUCACUCCUCCGCGCCACCGAGUCCCCCACUCGCCUCGCCGUCGAUUCCCUCGCAACAAUUUCAGAACUGAGUUUCCCCAAAGACUUAGAACUCGACGACGGACGUUUCGUUUCACUAUGUUUCGGAUCCUCCGUACCUGGGCGGGUAUGGAUGCUGAAGAAUGCGGGUUAUCGGUUCAGAAUCCGACCCGCAUUGUUGUUCACGGUGUUGUUAGGGUUUACGAAGGAUCCUUACCCUUAUGUGAGAGAGGCUUCGUUGGAAGGGCUUGUUGGUUUGAGCGAGCGUGGAGAGUUUGAUGACGUUAGCAUGGUGAAAGGUUGUUAUGAACGUGGUCUUCAGCUUCUCACUGAUAUGGAAGAUUGCGUUAGGCUCUCUGCAGUUCGUGUUGUGGCUUCAUGGGGUCUGAUGUUAUCAGCUUCUAGUGCAGACAUGAAGCCAUAUUGGUACAAUGAAGUAUUUGCUAAGCUUUGUUCUAUGGCAAGAGACAUGAGCAUGAAGGUCAGAGUUGAAGCCUUUAAUGCCCUUGCAAAGAUGGAAAUAGUAUCUGAGGAUUUUCUUAUCCAAAGCUUGUCAAAGAGAGUUUUAGGAGUUGGAAAGCAAAGGGAAAGUAUGGAUCAGAGCACAUCUGAACAAUUUGCGUCGUUGGCAGCUGGUGUUGCCGGUGCACUAGUACAUGGACUUGAAGAUGAGUUUUUUGAGGUGCGGAAGUCUGUAUGCCAGUCUUUAGGUAGACUGACAAUCCUCUCUAUUGAGUUUGCUCGUGAAGCCUUAGACUUGUUAAUGGAUAUGUUGAAUGAUGAUUCAGUGGUGGUUCGAUUACAAGCUUUAGAAACUAUGCAUCAUAUGGCAAUCAAUCGCUGUCUAAAGCUUCAGGAAAAGCACUUACACAUGUUUCUUGGUGCUCUGGUGGACAACAGUAAGGAAGUAAGAUGUGCUGGAAGGAAAAUACUUAAAAUAGCGAAGCUUAAUAAUCUGGCAAUGUUCAAAUCAUCUAUUAACAGACUUCUGGAAAAUUUAGACAGUUAUUUGCAGGAUGAAGCUGAUGUAUUUUCUGCUUUCUCUCAUCUUGGUCGAAAUCACAAGAAAUUUGUAGGCAUGAUUGUCAGGGAAAUUUUUGAAGAGGUAGAUGCAGCUUUUGAAGGAAAUGUUGAAUUUAAAAGUGCAAGGAUAGCUGCACUUUUGAUCAUUUCCAUAUCUGCUCCGCUAUUGAAUGAAGAUGCAGGAAGUAUACCACCAGUAAUGUUUUCUUAUGCAGUUACAUUGCUGGGUAGAAUUUAUUGUGCUUUUAGUGAUAUCAUGGAUAGGGAUACCCUUUUGGCUUACCUAUGUGAGAAAAGUAGAUGUACUACUGCCCUAAAUAUUAACCUUGGGAAAGAAGAGCAACAGUUGCCUUUUAUUGAAGGUGAUACUCCAAAUUUUUCUAGCAAUGAGACGAUUGAUUCCAAAAUUGGAUCCCAAAUCAUGAAGAAACCAAAAGAGCUAGCCAAUUAUCAGGUAGAACAACAUCAGUCGGAGUAUAAUGAAGUUAUGAAUUUCAAAAUUGGAUCCCAAAUCAUGAAGGAACCAAAGGAGCUAGCCAAUUAUCAGGUGGAACAACAUCAGUCGGAGUAUAAUGAAGUUAUGAAUUUCACAAAUUACAUCCUUGCAAAUUUCCCUGACAUGUGGCAAAUGAUACAGACAGGUCAUACAAAUGACGUGUUAAGGUCUUUGAGGUGUUUGAAAGAGGAAUUAGCAACUCUGAAAUUUGACUCUUUGGGGUCUCAUGAUGCGUUGGAAUUUACAUUACAUUAUCUUCGGAUAAUAAAACUACUUGCAGAAGUGUGGGAGCACUUGCUACAUGCAAAUGGCUCGUGUUCUCAUGGAAUGGGAGAAUUGGAAUUCAAACUAGGAAAGCUUGAUAGGAGGGUUAAAGAAUUGAUGAGUAAGUUUGUAGGUUUCUCAGCAGAACAAGAAUAUAACAUCUUGGAGCUUAUAUUAAUGACUUAUGCCCUCAGGCUAUGUAAAGUUGAAACCUGCUUUGUCAAUCUUACAUUCAAGAGGUUGACUUCUAUAUAUUCAUGCAUUGAAUCUAUCCUUAAAGAAAGAUCCGUUUUACCAUCCAAUUUUGUAGCUGAACUUGGUAAAUUAUUACAUGAAUGUCACACCGCCUCCAUCAAUGGAUCUUCAUGCAGUCCACUUCAGCUCAAUCGAUGUCUCAAGCUCUUCUCCUUGAAGAAGUUUGUGCUUCAUGGAACAAUCAGACAUUUAAUGGCAGAACUAAGCAUUUCCAAUAACGACUCUCUACAUCCUUUUCCCUUUAUUUCAGGACUACCAGUCAGUAUACCAUGUGAAAUCACACUCCAUAAUAUUUUUAGGAAGUGUAAGUUGUGGUUGAAGAUGAGUUUGGAUGAUGGUCUAGUACAAUAUGUUUUUCUUGAUUUGGACAUAUUAUUAGGUUCUGGAGAUGUAAGAAAUUUUGUUUUUGUUGCGCCAUUUUACAGAACACCGAAAGCUAAUUCUUUUACAUUGAAGGUUUGUAUUAGCUUAGAAUGUUUGUUUGAAAAUGUCAGUCCAGUUCAAAGGUGUGGAGGACCAAAAUAUGAACUAGUACCUCUUUGUAAAGAAAAACAAGUUUAUUUUUCCAAGGUUAAUUAAUAAAGAUUAAUUUUAUAUA